AUGCGGAUCCCGGCGGUCGCAACCGUCGUCGCCGUCCUGUGCCUGGGCCAGGCCGCCGCCCAGAUCACAGCGGUAAAUCCCUGCGCCGUUGGCUGCGUCCAUGGCUCUUUAAUCAACAUGCCACCGGAGGUUUGUGCCGCAGGAGACACGGCAUGCGCGUGCCAACAUCAAGACCUACUUCAGAACGCCAUCCGGGACUGCAUACGCCAGUCCCCGUGCGAUGAUGCCUUGGCUCAGGUUCCUCUGGCAGAAGCCGACGGGGCUGCAAGCUGCGGCUUAACCGCAUUUUCCUCGUCCACCACGGCGACCGCGGCAAACACGGCAACCACGGACACCGCUGCUGAGUCACAAAUCACUAUUGAUUCACAGCCCUCGACAACGACAUCGCCAGCCACCACUGCUGCGGCCGAGACGAUGCCCAGUCCGGCUUCAACCACCCAGACAGAGGCCACCCAGGCCCCAACCACCCAGACGUCAAGCAUCCAGACGUCAACCCCCACGACAGAGGCCACCCAGACUGCAACAGUCAAACCUGCCGAGACAAGUACUACGACGAGCACAACCCCGACUGCCAAGCUCAGCGAGGCUGCUAAUUCGGCAUCACCAUCAUCAUCGGCGUCAACCGUGUCGUCCGGUAGUGGCACGAGAACAUCUGGCACGGCUGCCGCGACUGAAGAGACAUCAAGCGGCUCCGGGUCGUCGCCAGCAGGUACCGGGCUCUCGACAGCCGUAAAGGCUGGCAUCGGCGCGGGGGUCGGCGUCGCAGCCAUCAUGGCUGCCAUUGUCGCCAUAUGUUGUUGCAUGCGGCGCAAUCGGAAGAAGCAAGACCCACGCCGUGCCCAGGCCAUCAAGAUCUCGCCCCCUCUCCCGGGAUCCGGGCGGCAAUAUGCACAACACGAUGUCCGCAACGCUGAAGCGGCUUUGUCCAAGACAUUUACACCUACGACCACAACCUACGCAGGCGCGUCGCUGCAAUCGCCAACGUCCAUGUACUCGACCUCGAAAGAGUCGUACAACGCCGAGCUCGAUGCCCAUGCCAGGCGAUAUGAGGACCAGUUGCCGCGAAUGCAGCCGAGAACCAUGAUAUAA